CGCGCAGGCACCAGAGACAGUACAAUCAUGGAUCCGAGCCGGGGGUUUAAACUCUUGUGUGCGGGAGUAUGCGCCGCUUCUCAAUGAGAAUGACAAGACACUAGAAGGACACUAAUCCAUACUAUAAGGUAGCGGCGCAGCAGCAGCAGCAGCAGCAGCAGGAUGCCGUUGGUAAAGCGCACCAUUGAGCCCCGGCAUCUGUGCCACACAGUGCUGCCAAGGAACAUCAAGAACGAGCUGGAGUGUGUGACUAACAUCUCCUUGGCCAACGUCAUCCGCCAGCUCAGCAGCCUCAGUAAAUAUGCAGAGGACCUGUUCGGAGAGCUGUUCAACGAAGCCCACUCCUUCUCUUUCCGGGUCAACUCACUGCAGGAGCGAGUGGACCGCCUCUCCAUCAGCGUCACUCAGCUGGACCCGAAAGAGGAAGAAUUGUCUCUUCAGGACAUCACCAUGAGAAAAGCGUUCAGAAGCUCCACGAUCCAGGACCAGCAGCUGUUCGACCGCACGUCACUGCCCAUCCCCAUGCAGGAGACCUUCGAGGCCUGCGAGCAGCCGCCGCCGCUCAACAUCCUCACGCCCUACAGGGAUGAUGGCAAGGAGGGGCUCAAGUUCUACACCAACCCAUCCUACUUUUUUGACUUGUGGAGAGAGAAGAUGCUGCAGGACACAGAGGACAAGCGGAAGGAGCGGCGGAAACAGAAGUUGCAGGACCCCCGCAUGUAUGAUCAGGUCUAUAGGUACUUAGACCUUCCAGGGCAGCUGAAGGCAAUAGAACGACCACAGGAGCCGGACAAGGUCCCUCGGGCGCCACACGACCGCAAGAAGGAGUGGCAGAAACUGGCACUGGGCGCCGAGUUGGCUCAGGACCCGCACGACGACAAACACAGAGAAGCCAACGGCUCUGCUGGUUACCACGACAACAGGGGCCCACCAUACAUGGAGCAUUUGGAUGGGCCCUUCUCGCUGGCGGCGCUGCCCUACAGCCAGAUGAACGAGUUGCUGAGCCGCAGCGGGGACAGAAUGUAUUCCAGGCCAAACGACCCCCCACCACCUCCGCCCCCCAUGCACCCACUCGGGGAGAUCAAGCCUCCGUCUGUGAUCAGUUCCGGCUCGGGUUUUUCCGACAGCAGACCUCAAUCUCCGGCCCGGACGGCCGGCAUGAACUCCAACACUCCGCCCCCUCCGCCGCCGCCCCUGCCUCCCCCGCCUCCACCGCUACCCUCCUCGGGUCUGCGAGGGACGCCUCCUCCCCCGGUUCCUCCGCUCCCAGUUCAGCAGCAGCCUCCAGCCAUCCCCCCCCCCCCUGCUCCUCUUCAGAUCGCCCCAGGGGUCCUGCACCCAGCUCCUCCGCCGGUGGCCCCGCCGAUGCACAACUCUCCGGCACGCUUCCUGGACAAAGACCCUCCGCUUGGUACCCAGGCAGACGGCGGGAUACUGCCUCCUCCUCCUCCACCUCCCCCGCUGCCACUUCCUGGAGCGCGCACCUCCUCGCCAUGUCCGUCGGGCCUACCGUCUGCCUUCCCGCCAGCCGGAGCCAUGGCCUCCCCGCCGCCACACGUCCACGAAAUGGCGAGCAAGAGGCAUCAUCCUGCCAACCUGCCGCCCAUCAGCGACGCACGCAGCGUCCUGCUGGAAGCCAUCAGGAAAGGCAUCCAGCUGAGGAAAGUGGAGGAGCAGCGCGAGCAGGAGGCUAAGCACGAGCGAGUGGGCAACGACGUGGCCACCAUCCUGUCUCGCCGCAUCGCCGUGGAGUAUUCAGACUCAGAGGACGAGUCAGAGUUUGACGAAGGAGACUGGAUGGAGUGAGGACAGUCGUGCCGGCCUCAACAAGAACUUUCUCAUCGAGGGAAGAAAGGGAAACAUCACCAUUUUCCUCUGUCAACCCUUUAUCUCCGUCUGGUCGUGGUUUGUCAUGUGGAGGCUUCUUCUCCUCCGCUGUCCUACUAGUGUCCCAAAAAGAUUUUUUUUUUUGCAUUUUUCUUCUUUUGCUGCACUACAUACACACUUUUGAGGAGGACUUCCUGCCGUGAGCUCCAAUAUGUUUACUGUUAUUCAACGUGCAGAAGACCUUUUUUUGAAGAGAUGUUUUUAUUUUAUAUCUGUGUGUUAAUGUUCUCUAAGAAAAGGAGCACAGGAGGGUACAGAACAACUCGCAUUCACCAGAGGGAAGAUAAGGCUGAGACCUUCUGAAUUAACUGAAGAAGUCAUGUUAGUCAUGGGGUAAGGUGACCAUCAACAUGGAGGCAGCCACACUUAAGUCAUACAAACCCACCACUUGGAUAGAGGUUGGAUAAUGAGGGGCACCUCUGCCUGUUUUAUUUUUUAUUCUAGUACAAUAGAGCUCAUUAAUUCUUUAUUUGGAAAGCAGAACUAAAUAUUUAAAAUUUAAAUAAAUUCAAAUUUUAUCUUCAGUAAAACAUUAGCAAAUGUUUUUCAUUAAAAAAAUAAAGAAAACUUAGGUUAAUUCUGAGAGUGGGAUGGAAUUCCGAAUUAGUUCAUAGCCAAGAAAAGAUUAUUUUUUACCGUUUAGAAAAGAAGCGUUUGUGUAUGCUCAUUUAAAAACAAAAAUAAAAUUGAUUCAGUUAAUUUAGAGAAAACAUCUCAGUCACAAAGGAUUUAUCUCCUCAGGUGAAUGCGAUUCCAUCCAGAAAAGCAUGUCGCAUCUUCAGUUCUCAACUGCAGUCUCGCUCCCCCGUCGAAUAAAUGUCGUUUUGCUUUCCUGUCUUUAUUUACUCUACCUGCUGAGGAUGUUUGCAGUUUUAGCAGACGAGUGGCUGCUGACCGCGUGCUCAUCGUUACUCCGUCAGAACAAGCAUAAGAUUGUGUCGCUGCGUCGCACAAAGAUUGUUGUGUGGGUGAAGAAGCACGAGCCUCCGCUUCACUCCUGUGUGGGGAACAUCCAUCCAUAUCUAACCUACACUCCAGGGAAAACCUCUGCCAUCAGAUGAUCAUCUGAAGACGUCAGGAAGGUAACACUGAGCCAUACCUUGUUUAGGUCUCCCUGAGAACAAGUGACGACAGAUGCAGGGCUGCUUCAAGUGUCAGAACUUGCCGUUGAGUUUUCAGGAUUCAGAGAAUAAGUUCCCUUUACUACCCAACUAGGCAGCUUUCCCCUCCGACGUCACUGCGUAGCAACUUUCGAGACGCCUUACCUCCACCGGUUCUACAGCAGUAACUCCUGAUCGACAGAACCCAUUCUCUGUGUGAAACUGCCUUUUCUAAAGUCCUGUCAAAAAGGGAAAGGUUCCUUUUUUUGGGGUGGGUCUGGGUGAAAGUCAACGUCUGGCAUCUGUUCUGUUUGUUCGUCCGUUCUUCUACUUGCCUUAUUGUUCGUACAAACGUGUCGUUGAGUUGAUGAAUGUAUCGUGCUGUUACUACUUACUUGCCUGCGCUUGUAUGGAUUUGCUGUUUAUAUGUUUGGGGGGAGGGUGCGGGGGACUGGGCGGGACAGACACCCAGG